CGCGCGGCCCGAGACGACACGAAGUCCAACGCGCGCGCGGAAGUCGCGCAGAUGAGUUACAACGGCGGUUUUCCGCCGCCGACGCCGCCGUACAUGAACGGCGGCAUGAACCCGCAGGCGAUGUACCAUCCGUCGAUGGGCUACCCCGCGGGGUACCCGCCGUACGGGUACGGUCAGCCAGGUCCCGCGCCGAACGGAUACGCGGAGUUCGAGAUGAUGCAGCAGCUGCAGCGGACGAUGCACGCCUACAUGAUGUCCACUCAGGGGGGGGCCAUGCCGCAAAACGGGGGAGGCGGAGGAAGAAAUCACGACGGCAAUCAUCCUCGCUCGCCGCAGCCGCCCGCGGGCCGCCCCCCGCCGGCGCCGCCGCCCUUACCCCCCGGCGGCAUCUCCGGCGCGCCCGCGGACGCGAACGCCGGCGCGGCGUACCAGACCCUCACCGCGGAGGCGCUGCGUCGGUACCAACAAGAGGGCGCGGCGGCGGAUCUCGACGCCGACGGCGACGGCUCCUCCAACAGCGGCGACUCUAACAAGCAGUCCGUCGCGCGCAGGCGCCACGCGCGCCGAAGACGCCAGCUCGCGAGGCUCACCACGGAGCGGCUGGAGUGGGAGGAGCGCAGCCGGCUCAUGGAGGAGGCGCUCCUCGCGAAGGAUGGCGACGGCGAGGAGGGGCUGGCCGCGCUUCCGGAGGAGGAGCUCGCGGAUUACCGCAAGGCGCUCGCGAGGACGCUGCUGCUGACGUCGGAGGUGUUGCGGGGGUCGGACCACGACGGGGCGGACAGCGACGGGGCUUACAGCGACGAGCUGAGCGACGCGGACAGCGGCGACUUGACCGAGCGGUUGGUGUCCGAGCUCAGGGGGUUCCGCGUCGACGAGGGGGGCGACGCGGGGGAGACGACGACGGCGGCGGCGAAAGAUGCGGACGACGCGGAGAAAGAGAAAGAGAAAGAGAAGGCGCCGUCUUCGUCGACGACGCCGAAGCGAAGGAGCAUCGAGCGCGCGCGGUGCAACCCGGCGACGGCGUCGCUCGCCGCGUUUCUCGGCGGGUACCAGAGCACGUUCACCGGGAUGAAAGUCAACCCCGCGUGCCGCGGGAGCUUCGACCCGAAGACGCCCGGGAUGGAGGGCGUCGCCGCGCUGGAGUACGGCCUGAUUAAAGCCCAGGAGAGCGGCUUAUUCGCCCCCGGGGAGAUUCUCGUCACCGCCGUCAGCACCAAGGACAUGCUCAUCAAGUACAGCAGCGGGAACUCUGCGGACGUGCUCGGCGUCUCUUCCGCGGAGCGCGUGCUCCGAACGUCUCUGUUCGAGAGCCUCGACGCGGAGGACGUCCGGGCGUUGAUCUUCGCGUGCUACCUGUUCCCGACGAUCUUGCCGGAGAUUCGAGGGGGCGACGCCGCGGGCGAGGAAGGGACGGUGCCGAAACCAGAAUGCGCGCGUCUGAUGCCGCACGGGUUCCUUCGCCGCCGCCGCGCGAACGGCACGCACGUCGCGAUGGAGCGUCUCGGCGGCGUGAUCGUGACGAACGACGCCGCCGCGGCGCUGAUGAACGCCGCGCGCGGGCCGGCGAAGCACGAGAUGUCCGUCCUCACCGGAUUCGGCGAGCCCGGCGAAGGGAGCAGCUCGCCGGAGGAUGUGUCCCCGCGGUCGCUCUCGCAGCGCAACUCGGAGAACGUCGGCGCGUUCCAGGACGCGAGCGAACGCGGCCGCGCCGCGGAGAUUUUAGAAGAGGAGACGCGACGACGCAGCGAUGAGAUGACGCGAACGCAGAGUCAGGAAGAGCUCGAGACGAUCGCCGAGUGCGCGCGAAGGGUCAGCAUCGACAACGGCGACGCGUCGCUCGUCGCGGACGUCUCGACGCCGUCGUCGCCGUCGCCGCCGAUCGUCCUGAACAAAUACCACCCGUCGAUGAAGCGCGAGGCGAAGCGAUCGGGCGGCGCGAAAGCGUCCGGGUCGAGCCCCGCGGAGUUGCUCGGCCGAGCGUCCAAGUCGGACGUCUCCCCGAGCACGGGCGCGGCGUUCGGCGCCAAGUCGGAGAAGGGCGCGGCGCUGUCGCCGCACGCCGCCAAGUUUGAAGCCGGCGCCGGGUUGAAGCCGACCGGGAGCGCGACCGGCGCCGGCGUCGAUCAGAUGCGAUCCGUCUCCGUGUGCGGGGUGACGGGCGAGUCGAAACUGGACCUGAAGCUCCGCGCGGGCGCGGGAAGGUCCGGCGCGGGCGCGGGCGCGGGCGCGGCGGGGGUGAAGACGUCCGAGGCGGAUCUCACGCACUGCGUGCGGCACACGGAGAAAGCCGCCGUGGAGGGCGAGGGCGAGGGCGAGGGCGCGGUCGUCAACGCGUCGAUGCCGGAGGGGAUUCGCGAGGUGCUUCAGAGGCUGACGCGCGAGACGUUCUCGGAGAACACGAUGAUGGUGAUGAUCGAGCGCGUGCGAGGCGCCGGCGGCGGCGUCGGCGCGGAGGCGAGGCACAACUCGCAGAUGAUGGUCGUCUCGAAGCUUCUGAACGAUCUGACGUCCAGGAGUCAGCGCGCGUGGCCGUCGCCGGGGGGGAAGGGGAAAUAA